AUGGAUCCUUUGGAUUAUCUUUCAAUCAGGUUUCAUUUCGGAGGGGAAUUUCACCAUGAUGGUACAGAGUGGCAGUAUUUGGGUGGUACACAUGGCAUGUCCAUGGUUCAUCUGUCAAAAUUGAGCCUCGAAGAACUGAAAAACAAUCUUGCAGACCAUGUUAGAUGUUCAGAUAAAGCACUAAACAACAGUACACUGCAUUGGAAAUUUCCUGGUCUAAUAAGAGAUGGUGCAAUGAGUAGUGCUCUGGUGAUGUUACAUGAUCAAAAAUCAGUGUUAGAGAUGGCAAAACAUGCCACUGAUGCAGGUGUUAUGGACAUAUAUUCCAACAUACCUGAUGACUUUUCACAGGAUGAUUAUGCAGAGGAACAUCAACAUCACUUAGAGGAGGAACAAGAACUUCAUGGAGAGGACCAGCAGCAACAUGUACAAGAGCAGCAAAAUAAUCCAAAUGCAGAUGAACAUAUAUUAGAACCAGAAGCUUGGCAAUACUCCAAUUUGUAUUACCAGCCUAGCAGUAGCAGUGCUAAAUUGCCAAUGAAGAGAGGUAGCAGCCAUAUGCAGGACAAAGGGAAAUCACAUUUAGAUGAGGAUGAAGAAGUACAUACUGAAAGUGAUGGCUCAUCUGACAGUGACUAUGCUAUUCCCCCGGCAGAGAGCAAUAGCUCAGCAUCUGAUGAUGAAGUGCUAGAGUUGAGAAAAUAUGCUAAAGAAUUGAAGGACAAAGUGAGAAAGAACAUGCUGAGAGAAGAGGAGGGCAAACCAUGCAAUGUGCCUGAAGAGUAUAUUGUCCCAGAAACAUUUAACCUAGAUGAUUCAGAUGGAGAAGACACACCAUAUUUUGAAAGUGAUGACGACUUGUCAUAUGAUGAAGGUAGUGAUGGAGAGAUAAGUGAAGUUAGAAGGAGGAAAACAACACACAGAGUUUAUGAUGACAGUACUGACAAACCAGAAUUUGCUCUAGGCAUGGCAUUUCGUGAUAGCAGGGAAUUCAAACAGGCACUGGUUAAGUAUGGGCUAGCAAAUUUCCACCAUUUAAGAUUUCCAAAAGAUGAAAAGAAAAGGGUCAGUGCAGAAUGUUCCUGGCCUGGUUGUCCUUGGAGCAUCUAUGGAUCCAUUAGUAGCAGAUCUGAUUGGUUGUUAGUUGUGAGGUAUAAAAAUGAGCACACAUGUAUUCCUAGGAGGGACAACAAGCUUGUCACAAGCACGGUCAUUGCCAAAAAGUAUUUCAGACAGAUCAGGCAUAAUCCUACUUGGCAUGUAGAGCAUAUGCAGGAGGCAGUACUUGAGGAUCUUCUAGCCGAUGUUAGCUUGUCCCAGUGCAAGAGAGCAAAAAAGUUAGUCAUGGAAAAGCUCACUGAUUUGACUAAUGGUGAGUAUUCUAGAGUCUAUGACUACCACUUAGAACUAGUGAGAAGCAAUCCUGGGAGCACAGUGGCGGUGACUCUAGAUCCUGAAAUUUUUGACAAGCCAGUUUUCCAAAGAAUGUAUAUUUGUCUUGAUGCCUGCAAAAAGGGUUUCCUAGCUGGGUGUAGAAGAGUUGUGGGUCUAGAUGGGUGCUUUCUGAAGGGGUCAGUCUCAGGCCAAAUACUAUGUGCUAUUGGUAGAGAUUCCAACAAUCAGAUGUACCCCAUUGCUUGGGCUACAGUUGAGGUUGAAUCAUAUGACUCAUGGUACUGGUUCCUAUCAUUUCUUCAGAAGGAUCUUCAGAUAAGCAACAAUGGAGAUGGAUGGGUCUUCAUAUCUGACCAACAGAAGGGUCUUAUCAGGGCUGUCAAUGAAAUUGUGCCUGAAGCAGAGCAUAGGAUGUGUGCUAGGCAUAUUUAUGCUAACUGGAGAAAGGUGCACAGAGAUAAAAAACUGCAAAAGAUGUUCUGGGCAUGUGCCAAAUCAUCUGAUGUUACUCAAUUUAAUUACAAUAGAGCCAAACUAGCCCAAAAAAGUGUGGAAGGAGCUAAAGACAUCCUGAAAACUGCACCGGAGCAUUGGAGCAGGGCCUACUUCAAGCUUGGUUCUUGGUGUGACUCGGUAGAGAAUAAUCUGUGUGAAUCAUUCAAUAAUGCUAUAAUGAAGGCAAGGUUCUUUCCUGUUAUUACAACAAAUGAGAUUAUUAGGAAAAAGGUCAUGGUAAGGAUCCAGGAAAAUAGAGACAAAUCUAACAGUUGGCCUGGAACCAUUUGCCCUAAUGUUUUCAAAAAAUUGAAGUUGAACAUCAAGAGGUCAGGACUAUGUCAGGUUCUUUGGAAUGGGAAGGAAGGAUUUGAAGUUCAAGAAGGUGUGCAUCGGAGGUACACAGUUAACUUGGAGGCAUGGAAAUGUUCUUGCAGAUAUUGGGAACUGGCUGGUUUGCCCUGUCCUCAUGCUAUCAGUGCAAUUUACACAUGUGGUAAAAAACUAGAUGAUUAUAUUGCUCCAUGCUACUCUAUCUCUGAGUACAACAAGAUUUAUGACCAUGUGCUGCAACCAGUGGAGGGAAAAGAGAAUUGGCCAGUUGCUGACAUGCCAAAACCUCAUCCUCCUCCUCAUAGAGUGAUGCCAGGAAGAAAAAAGACUAAAAGAAGAAGAGAAGAGGGUGAGAAACCUCAGGGGAACAAGCUUUCAAAAAAAGGCAUAAGAAUUUCAUGUUCUGUUUGUGGGAGCUUUGAUCACAACAAAAGAAAGUGUUUGGGAAAUCCAAAUAGAGAUAAGAAGCAGAAAGAUAACUACAAAAGAGCAGCACAAAGAGCAAGAAAGAAGAAGCAAAAGGAAUCAGAAAUCAACACUCAGGUGCCACAACCACCAAAGAGGACAAACAAUGCAGUAUCAUCAUCUUCUAGAGCACCGCCUAAUCCAGCGAAGAGGGCAAAGAAGCAAGCACCUCCAGCAAGAUCAUCUUCACAACAAGCACCUCCAGCAAGAUCAUCUUCACAACAAGCUUCUCAACAUACUGUAGACAGAAGAAGCAGGAUGAGGAGUCAGAACAGAGUAGGUUCAAGCUCACAGCCCGCUCCAGGAAAUUCAAGCUCAAUUCACAUGCAAGUGCCAACUACUGACAGGCUGCAAUGGCUCCUAACUGGAGAAAGGUGA